AGGGUGUCUGGGAGGAGGGCGCUCCAGACACGCCCCCUGUCCCCAGCAGCUCCCCCUCUGCCCAGCGCUAUCCUAGAAGGCCAGACAUUGGCCCGUGGCCACCUGCCAAGUGGGGCCGGGACCCGGGACCGGGGGAAAGGGCCUCGGAGGCGGCCUGAGGGCCCUCAGAGACUGCCGCCGCGGCCACUCCCUUAGACUCUGGACGUGCGGGGACCGGGGGCGCUCUGCCUCCGCCGUAUAAGAAGCGGGAGCAGGGCCCCGCAGCGAGGCCGGAGGCGGGCUCGGGGCUCGGCCGCGCAGGGGCGCCCCCACCGGCGGCGGCUCGGCGACAUGGGCCGCUACUCCGGCAAGACGUGCCGGCUGCUCUUCAUGCUGGUGCUCACCGUCGCCUUCUUCGUGGCCGAGCUGGUCUCGGGCUACCUGGGCAACUCCAUCGCGCUACUGUCCGACUCCUUCAACAUGCUGUCCGACCUGAUCUCGCUGUGCGUGGGGCUGGGCGCCGGCUACGUGGCGCGGCGGCCCCGCGGGGGCCUGGGGGCCACCUACGGCUACGCGCGCGCCGAGGUGCUGGGCGCGCUGAGCAACGCCGUCUUCCUCACGGCGCUCUGCUUCACCAUCACCGUGGAGGCCGUGCUGCGCCUGGCGCGGCCCGAGCGCAUCGACGACCCCGAGCUGGUGCUCUUCGUCGGCGCGCUGGGGCUGGCCGUCAACGUGCUGGGGCUGCUCAUCUUCCAGGACUGCGCCGCCUGGCUCUCCUGCUGCGGCCCCCGCCGCGGCCGCCCGCCGCCGCCGCGCGACCAGCCCCAGCCGCCGGCCGAGGGCCGCUCCCCGCGCGCGAUCGCGGGCCCCCGCCGGCCGUCCGCCGCCACCCGCGGCGUGGCCGCGGCGGAAAGCAAGGAGGAGCAGGGGGCGACCGUGUUCUCCAACGUAGCAGGUGAUUCUCUGAACACCCAGAAUGAACCAGAAGAGACUAUGAAAAAGGAGAAAAAGUCUGAAGCCCUGAAUAUCAGAGGUGUACUUUUGCAUGUGAUGGGCGAUGCCCUGGGAUCGGUGGUCGUGGUGGUCACGGCCAUCAUAUUCUACAUGCGUCCCCUGCAACCUGAGGACCCAUGUAACUGGCAGUGCUACAUCGACCCCAGCCUGACUAUCGUCAUGGUCAUCAUCAUUUUGUCAUCUGCCUUCCCACUCAUCAAGGAGACUGCUGCCAUUCUGCUGCAGAUGGUCCCCAGAGGAGUUAACAUGGAAGAGCUGAUGAGUAAACUCUCGGCCGUGCCCGGGAUUAGCAGUGUACAUGAAGUGCACAUCUGGGAACUUAUAAGCGGAAAGAUCAUUGCCACCCUGCACAUCAAGUAUCAGAAGGACAGGGGCUAUCAGGACGUCAGUAGGAAAAUUCGAGAAAUCUUCCACAGUGUGGGAAUCCACAAUGUGACCAUCCAGUUUGAGCAGGUGGACUUGAAGGACCCCGUGGAGCCGAAGGACUCGCUAUUGCUCUGCAGCUCACCCUGCAUCUCCAAGGGCUGUGAGAAGCAGCUGUGCUGCCCCCCGGGGGCCCUGCCUCUGGCCCACGUCAAUGGCUGUGCGGAGCACAACGGCUGUCCCCCCCUAGACACCUACCCAAGUGAUAGCUUCGGUAGGCACGAAACAACACAAGUGGCUGUUGAAGUAUCUUUGGACAGCUGCCUGAGUGACCACAGACAAGCUCUUAGCAAAACUCAGGAGGACCAACAUUAUGUCAACAGCACACAUUUUUAA